AUGAUGGCUGGAAAAGUAAUGGAGACAGAAGAGCAGAAUAGAAUACGAUUCCAGGUGGAACUAGAAUUUGUUCAAUGUUUGGCUAAUCCUAAUUACAUUCACUUUCUGGCACAGCGCGGUUACCUUAAAGAGCAAACAUUUAUUAAUUAUCUGAAGUAUCUGCAAUAUUGGAGGGAACCAGAAUAUGCUCGCUACCUCAAAUAUCCUAUGUGUUUACAUUUUUUAGAAUUGUUACAACAUGAGGCAUUCAGAAGGGAAUGUGUAUCAGCACAGGUAUGCAAAUUUAUGGAUGACCAAGCUAUUCUCCUAUGGCAGCACUACACUCGACGGAGAACACGUACUUUGCAGCCUCCCGAUGCUCCUGCACCACCUGCACCUCCAGCACCUCCACAAGGUCCACCGAGACAGCAGUCA